AAGGCUCUGGAUUUUCCAGUGUGAGCGUCCCUCACUCCUAAUCCAUGGCAGAGUGUUCAGGAGUCGGGAGAGGAAAGAAGUUGUGGGGAAAAAAGUGAAGAAAGCAAAGUUUGAAACAAAGUUGCAGGGCUGUGCUCGUGACUUAUAGCGGGCUCUGAAACGGGGAAGGCUAAGUAAAGGUCUCUUCCCUGCGGGACGGAGGGGUUUUACACCCUCGGUUUAGGAGCGAGGACUUUGAUUUCUUUUCCUCCCAGCGUGUGAAUACCCGGCAAGGGGGCGAGAACAAAAUGGGGACGAGGCGAUCUCUCUGGACGCUUUACGGACUAACUCUGCUCUUUCAUAUAGCAUGUUACACUCUUACUGUGACCAGUUCAUCAAAAGUAUGGGGAGAAGUCUCACUGCCAGAGGAUUUGGAGACUGUAAAACGAAAUCGAGAACAUUAUAUGGCCGAAUCGGAUGACGAAGACUUCAUAGCAGAUGAAGCUUCUGGAGAGCCGCCAGAAAGUGGUGAGGAAGAGGGAAGCACCCAAGAACCUGAGACCAUCAGUACCACAAGUAUUCCCGCUACAUUAGCGCCCUUUGGGGAAUCACAGACUGUUGAGAAAGUGAUCACCUCCGAUGACCUGGAGAACAACAUUUACAUUUAUUACCGGGCCCUUGUAAACUUUACCAACUCCAUCGACUUUGUGCCAGCACUGGAAGACAUUACAUCCACAGAGUUCCAAGAAGUGUCAGAGGCCGUAGUUGAUACGCUUGAAUCAGAAUAUCGGAAAAUUCCUGGGGAUCAGACAGUCAGCUUAGUCUUAAUCAAGGAUAUUCAUGGAAGUGUUUUCGUGGAGUUGGAUGUGGGUUCUGAUUUUAAUAGCAACGAUCAGCAGAUUGAAAGGGUGCUUUACUCAGUCAUCAGGAGCGGCUCCAUUGCUUCUUAUGACACCUCAGUGACGGGCUUCCAGUUCCGACGGCUUGGAGAAGUGACGCCGCCAUUUCCUCUGCCGCCAGAAGCCAUGGAGUCCCCAGUUAUUACCAGUCCUCGAACCUGCACAGCAGAGGAGUUUACCUGCCAAGAUGGUGAAUGCAUUGAAAUUGGAUUCCGUUGUGAUGACCGGAUUGACUGCCGUGACAUGUCUGAUGAGAUUGGUUGUGAGGAGAUCACUACUGCCCGGCCAGUUGUCACAACUCGUCCACGGCCUUCUCCUACAACAAAGCAGGUAUUAGUGACAAGACCACCUCCAAGAACAGUUGCGCCUGCUGGACGACCAUGUCGCCUGGAUGAAGCUGUAUGCCAGAAUGGGCAGUGUAUCCCAAGAGAUUACCUGUGUGAUGGCGAAAGGGACUGCAAUGAUGGCAGUGAUGAGCUCAGCUGUGGAACCCAGUCACCUUGUGAGCCCAAUGAGUUCAAGUGCCAGAAUGGCCGUUGUGCCCUCAAGCUGUGGCGCUGUGAUGGAGACAACGACUGCGGAGACAACUCAGAUGAGACCUCGUGCCCUACCAAAGGACCAGGUGAAGAAUGCGCCCCAGAACAGUUCGUCUGUGUCUCCAGUCGUCAGUGCAUCCCUGCCAGCUACCAGUGUGAUGAGGAAACCGACUGUCCGGACCGAUCGGAUGAAGUUGGCUGCACUCCACCUGAUGUUAUCCGCCCCCCGGAAGAGACCAUAAUGGCAAACAAGGGUGAAACGGUGCAGUUUACUUGCAUUGCAGUGGGUGUCCCAACUCCCAUCAUUACAUGGAGACUCAACUGGGGUCAUAUUCCCCUUAGUGGCAGAAUUACGAUGACCAGUAAAGAAGGCAGAGGAACUCUAAUCAUCAGAGAUGUGAAGGAUGCAGAUCAGGGGGCUUACACUUGUGAGGCUAUCAAUGCCAAAGGAAUGGUUUUUGGGAUCCCAGAUGGAGUUCUUAUCAUUAAGCAGCAGACAGGCCCCUGCCCCAGUGGAUAUUUCAAUGUGAAGGACAAUUCACGCUGCAUCCCAUGUUUCUGCUUUGGGAUCACUCAGAACUGCCAGAGUACACAGCGAUUGAGGAAGAAGCUCACACUCCGCUUCACUGAGCCGUAUGACUUUAAAGGGGUCAAUGUUUCAUUUCCUUCAAAGCCAGCAAGUCCACCAUUGACCAGCUCUCAAAUUCUUAUCAACCCAGAUUAUGAAGAGUUUCAGCUAGUGGAUUUGUCCAGGCGCUUUCUGAACCUUGAGUCCUUCUGGACACUACCAGCCCCGUUCCUUGGAAAUAAAGUGGAUUCCUAUGGAGGAUUUCUGUCUUAUAAGGUCCGAUAUACCUUAGCUAGGGGCCAGACUGAGCCGGAGGAGAGGCCUGACGUCACCAUCAUUGGAAAUGGACAGAAGCUCAUUUACCGCAGGAAAGUCAACGUGCCUCCCAAUCAAACCAGCCAGCAGAGGAUCCAGUUCAUAGAGGAUAACUGGCAACACGAGAGUGGAGAUGCUGUGACACGCGAAACUCUUAUGAUGACUUUGGUGAACCUUGAUGCCAUCAACAUCCGCACUGUGUAUGAUAACAAGAUGGUUAGUGUUGGUCUGAGUGACAUCACCAUGGAUACAACAACCUUGGAGCACACCAACCAAGGAUCAGCUGAUACCGUGGAGCAGUGCAGGUGUCCUCCUGGUUACACAGGCCUGUCCUGUGAGAGCUGUGCUCCUGGCUUUGAACGUAUUAAAGAGGGUCCUUAUCUAGGCACCUGUGCAGGUUGUCACUGCAAUGGCCAUGCCAGCACCUGUGAUCCUGUCAGUGGCUACUGUCUGAGCUGCCAGCAUAACACAGAAGGCCCACAGUGCAACAAAUGCAAACCGGGAUUCUUUGGAGAUCCUCGGCGAGGACACGCUGAUGACUGCAAGCCCUGCCCAUGUCCUUAUACUGAAACGUCAAGAAGAUUCUCCAAUACUUGCUUCUUGGAUACUGAUGGUCAAGCAACGUGUGAUGCAUGUGCUACUGGUUACACGGGACGGCGCUGUGAAAAAUGUGCUGCUGGGUACCAGGGGAAUCCCUUACAGCCAGGUGGCAAAUGUUUUGCUGUUAAUGGAGAUACCAGAUGUGAUGUUCGAGGAACUGCAGCAGCAUCUUCCAGAAACUGCGUUUGUAAGCAAAAUGCUGUUGGAGUCUUAUGUGAUGAAUGCAAGACGGGCUUCUUCCAUCUGAGUAAAGACGAUCCUGAUGGAUGUACCCCAUGUUUCUGUAUGGGCAUCACCAGGCAGUGCACCAGUUCUCUUUGGAGCAGAGAUCAGGUCCGAGCUUCUAAUGAUGACCAACAAAGAAUGCUAUUCACCCUGUCAAAUUCGGCAAAUACUCGGACAAUCAACACAGGCAUCCUCCGACAAGGUUCUACUGAGCUUACAUUCCGUACAUUUUCUGAGCUGCCAAGUGACAUCUACUACUGGGUUCUGCCUGACCGCUUCAAAGGAGAUAAGGUCACCUCUUAUGGAGGGGAGCUGAGCUACACAAUACGGUACACUCCCAGGCCUGGCUCUUCACUGGUUUACAAUCGACCAGAUGUUGUCCUGCAAGGCAAUGACAUCUUCCUGGAACACUUUUCUGAAACACAGCCCAUUCCUGGCUCCCCAACCACCAUCACCCUUGUUUUCCGGGAGUCGGCUUGGCGGCGUGCUGAUGGACAACCAUGCACACGGGAGCAUCUUCUUAUGGCUCUGGCCAACAUCGGUGUCUUUAUGAUCAGAGCAACUUAUGCUGAAAGAAUGAUAGAGUCCAGCAUUUCAAAUAUUCGAAUGGACAUUGCGGUGCCCUAUUCCACUGGUAAGGAGAAAGCCAGCGAGGUUGAAGAAUGCGCUUGCCCUACAGGUUACAGUGGACCAUCCUGCCAGAACUGUGACUCUGGAUACAUCCGCACAAGUGGCUUAUAUCUUGGAUUCUGUGAACCAUGUGAAUGCUAUGGUCAUGCAAGUCAGUGUGACCAGGAGACUGGAGAAUGCCUGCAAUGCCAACACAACACUGAAGGGCCUCGCUGUGAUCGUUGCAAGCCUGGAUUUUAUGGCAACCCUAAAGAGCAGAAUGGAGCCUGCAGGCCCUGCCCCUGCCCAGGGACUUCAUCUUCAAACCAGUUCUCUCGGACAUGCUUUAUUGACACAGAUGGCCAGCCCACCUGUGACGGUUGUCUACCUGGUUAUUCAGGACGUCGCUGUGAAAGGUGUGCUGCAGGCUACUCAGGGAAUCCUCUUUUGGGUCAACCAUGCCGUGACAACAUAAAUGGUGGUUGUGUCUGUGACCCCAAAGGAAGUCUUAGUGACCGAUGUGAUGUCAGUGGCCAAUGUCUCUGCAAGAUGCAUGUUGAAGGUCGCUCCUGCAGUAGCUGCAAAACUGGUUACUUCCACCUUAGUCCUGAUCAGAGAGAUGGUUGUCUUUCCUGCUUCUGUAUGGGGGUCACACAACAGUGCACCAGCUCUUCUUACUACAGGGACCAGAUUGCUACUUCAUUUGCUCCUGGAAACUUUCAGAACUUUGCCCUUCUGAACAGGCAGCGCAGCAAUCGUAUCAGCACUGGCUUCACCGUGGAAGUGGGGGCCUCUGGUGACACCCAACUCUCUUACAGCCAGUUUAACCAACUAGGCCAGGAACUCCACUACUGGCAACUCCCAGAGGACUACCAAGGGGACAAGAGGGAGGCUUUCUUUGCCCGCAUGAGGCGAGCACACAAGAAAGAUUUCAAUUUGACGGAGGAACAAUUGCGCAAGGAUGCAGUCAUCUGGGACUUAAUGGACUCCAUUAGGAAAUCAAAUCCCAGGACAAAGCGGGCCAUUCCUAAGUCCCCAGCCGAAAUAGAAGAGAUGAAGCGUCUUGACGAUGAGAUUUGGGAGCUCAUAUCCAGCUUCUCCUCCAACUCCUUACCACCUACCCCAGCUCCUGAGCUAGCCCCACCACAACUAAGUUCUAAAACCCAGUCUAGCCCUUCUGCUACACGUUCUUCUUCCUCAUUUCAUUCUCCCCCUUCUAGCUUGAGUUCCACUGCUAGGGCACAGCAGCGCCCUUCUCCCCUGGCCGCACCUCCAGGAUACUCUUCUAACCUACAUGAUUUCAAGAUGAAUCCUGCCAUACAAGUUCAAAGGCAGGAGAUGACAAACGUUGCGCCGAGGCAGUAUAUACUGCCACGGGGCCACAGACCUGUCGACAAUGACCAGUAUGCUUUGGUCUACAAAGGUUUCAGUUUGCUUCCUGAAGGAACCUACUACUGGCAAUUGCCACAAGAGUUUAAAGGGAAUAAGGUUGGAUCAUAUGGGGGUCGUCUGCGUUAUACUCUCUCCUACAACGCUGGGGCAAGAGGUUCUCCAUUACGUGAUGCUGAUGUCCAAAUCUCUGGUAACGACAUCAUGCUUGUGGCAUAUCACGAUGAACACCUGAGGCCCAAGGAGCAGAGGAGCUUCGAAAUCGUCUUCAGAGAGCAAUUCUGGAAGAGGCCUGAUGGACAGCAAGCCACUAGAGAACACCUUCUGAUGGUCCUGGCUGACCUUGAUGACAUUUUGAUUAGAGCCUCCUACUCGACUGACAUGAUCUCAGCCAGCAUUUCAAAAGUCAGCAUGGAUGUGGCUGUGCCUAACUACACUGGUCUCCAGCAGGCCUUGGAGGUUGAACAGUGCCGCUGUCCUCCUGGCUACCAAGGCCUUUCUUGUCAGGACUGCUCUCCAGGAUACACUAGGACGGCUGGAGGACUCUACCUUGGACACUGUGAAAUAUGCGAGUGCAGUGGUCAUUCAGAUUCUUGCCAUCCAGAGACUGGGGCCUGUACGAAUUGCUUGCACAAUACUGUUGGUGAGUUCUGUGAUCAGUGUGCCCCCGGCUUCUAUGGUGACCCAACUGCUGGAACACCAGAAGAUUGCCAGCCUUGUGCCUGCCCUUCAGCUCACCCUGAGAACAGCUUUUCUCCUACUUGUGAGAGCCAUCAACCAGGAGGUUACCGCUGCACGGCAUGUUUACCAGGACAUACAGGCCAAUACUGUGAACGGUGUGCCACUGGAUAUGAAGGCAGGCCACAGGAAGGUGUCAAGUGCCGCCCUAUCAACAGUUAUGCAUUUCUAGUGCAAGUGGAGCCCAGGAAAGCAGUGAUAUCUCAAGGUGGAGAAGCAACACUCCAUUGCCAAGCCUCAGGCUCACCUCCUCAUUACUACUACUGGAGCAGAGGAGACGGACGGCAGAUACCUUCCAGUGCUCAGAUAAGGCAUCAAGGCCAAGAGCUGCAUUUCUCACGUCUUCAGCCCAGUGAUGCUGGCGUGUACCUGUGCACGUGUCGGGGUUUGCACUAUGCCAACACCAGCCGCGCAGAGCUCAUUGUCACAGCUGAGCCUUCUAAAGCUAUCCAAGUAACUGUUGAGGAGCCCACAAUGCAGCGUGUCUCCGUUGGGUCCACAGUCAACUUCAUCUGCACUGCUAAGAGUAAGUCUCCAGCAUACACUCUGGUAUGGACCCGACAAAACAACGGCAAGCUUCCCGACAGAGCGAUGGACUUCAAUGGAAUUCUGACCAUCCACAAUGUUCAGCCUGAAGACCAAGGCAGAUACAUCUGCACGGGCUCCAACAUGUUUGACAUGGAUGAGGGUACUGCUGUCCUCGGCAUACAAGACACUCCACAGAUGUUUUAUCAAGCCUAUGAAAUGUUAGAAGGACAUAAAAAGCCUGUCGUAGGGGUCCAACCUGUGGCAACCGUUGAUCCACCAGUACUGACCAUCCAACAGGGCCAGCGGGCAGAAUUCCACUGCAGUGUCACGGGCAACCCACAGCCCUCUAUUGAGUGGCUUGGAGGUCAAGGAAACCGAAUUUCCCCCCAUGCAAUAAUCCAAGGAGGAAGUCUGGUGAUCCCAGCAGUGGAACGUGCAGAUGAGGCAGAGUAUCUGUGCAAAGCCCUAAACGCUCAUGGAGAACACGUGGCUCGGGCUGUACUUUAUGUGCACAGUGCCAGCCUUCCUCACAUCCAAGUAAGCCCCCAGAGAAUGUCAGCCAAUGAGGGUGAGACUGUGAGGCUCUACUGUCGAGCCGGAGGAACACCAAGUCCUGCUCUGUCAUGGAAAAAACUUGGAGGCCAUCUACCAUCACAGGCCAUUCCAUCUUAUGGUUUUCAUCAGUUUAAAAGCAACAGCCUGGAUGUUUUGCAGAGACGCAUCGAGGAGAUGCAGGCUCGAAUGGAAAGAACUGAUAUAGGCACCUUGGUGAUCCCAUCAAUAAAGUCCUCUGAUGCCGGCAUUUAUCUGUGUGUUGGGACUAACGCCAUUGGCUCAUCUGAAGCUCGAAUUGAAGUAUCAGUCAUUGUUGCUGGGAGUGCGCCAUCUCCAGUGAAAAUUGAGCCUGCAUCACCCACCGUGCAAGAAGGCAGGACAUUGGACUUGACAUGCCUUACCAAUGGGUCUCCACCACCUGCAAUAACUUGGCAUAGAUCAGGAGGGUCCCUCUCAUCCAACCACCAGGUAUCAGGACCACGUCUACGCAUUCUCCAAGCUUCAGCAGCCGAUAUUGGAACCUACACCUGCAGAGCAACCAGUGCCCUAGGAACUGAAGAAGCCUCUGUGUCUCUCUCUGUCACUUCCCAACAGUCAAGACAGCAGUCCCCAAUUAUUUCUAUUGAACCUCACAGUGCUGUUGUUCGCCAAGGGGAGAUUGCCAGCUUCAGGUGUCGUGUCUUCAGUGGAACUCAACCAAUUAAAAUUGAAUGGAAAAUGGGAAACAACCAACCAUUGCAAGAUAAUGUGAAGAUUGGUCCUGAUGGAUCAGUGUUAACAAUCGCCAGUGCCCGCUAUUCCAACCAAGGGGGCUACCGCUGCGUGGCCAGUAAUCUCUUUGGAAUCACACAUAGUAUUGCCUCGCUCACAGUUAAAGGCCCCCCCACAGUGUCCGUCACACCAAAGGGUACUAUCAGAGUGAAAGUAGGAGAACCAAUCAACCUAGAAUGCAACGGAGCAGGUGACCCUCGACCAACCGUGACCUGGCGCAGGUUGAAUGAUGCUCAGAAGCUCAUCAUUCAAAGCCCAGUGCCAAUGGACUCCAAUGCUGUAAUGCAGAUCCUCGCAGCUAGACAUGAAGAUUCUGGCACCUAUGUCUGUGUAGCAAGGAAUCAAGUUGGCACUGUCCAGGCCCAGGUAGAGGUCAUAGUAGAGGGAGGUCCUAUUGUCCCCACUAUCCCAAUUGCUUCUGUAGACGAGCCUAUGUUGAUAGUGGUAGAAGGAGGCACAGCCACCCUGCGUUGUUCAGCCUCAGGUUAUCCCACCCCAACCAUCACAUGGUCAAAGCUGAGAGCACCUUUACCGUGGAAGCACAACAUUGUCAACAACACUCUGAUGCUUCCAAAUGUUGGGCGCCAGGACUCAGGACAAUAUAUCUGUAAUGCCACAAAUGUCAUGGGCACUUCUGAGAUCACCAUCAUGCUUGAUGUAGAAACUCUUCCAUAUGCUACAACUCUGGAGGACAGCCUUUCUGUACAAGUUGGCGAAGUGAUCCGACUGCAGUGUCUCGCCCAUGGCUCAGCACCUCUUAAAUACCAGUGGUUUAAAGUGAAUGGCACCCUUCCCUCCCGUGCUCGAGUUCAGGAAAGCACCCUGCAGAUAAAUUUGGCCGCUACAACUGACUCGGGUACCUACAAAUGUGUGGUGAGCAACAAGGUCGGAACCAGUGAAUCUUUUGCAAGUGUCACCGUGAUGUCACACCUAGAGGUGCGUGUGUCACCUCAUAUUGAAGUAAAAGGACCAGGCAGCAGCGUGGAGUUCAUCUGUUCAGCCACUGGAGAUCGCCAGACAAAGAUUGAGUGGAUAAAGGAAGGUGGCCAUUUGCCGCCAAACCAUCGCAUUGUCAAUGGCAUACUAAGAAUUGAGAAUUUGGAGAAGGCCAAUGAAGGUGUCUACAUAUGCAAAGCUUCCAGCAGAGCAGGCCAAGCUGAAGACCGAGCCAAGCUUACUGUCCAAGCUCUGCCUAAAGUGAUGAUCAAUGUUCGGACUCAAGUCCAGAUGGUCAUGGUGGGUAAUGCCGUGGAGUUUGAAUGUGAAGCUAUCGGAGAUCCCAAGCCUGUGAUUAGUUGGAGCAAGGUGGAUGGAGACCUGCCAUCACACAUUAUGGUCAAAGAGGGCAUGCUGAGAAUUGACCAGGUGAAGGAGUCUGAUGCUGGCCACUACCGCUGUACUGCAACCAAUGAAGUGGGCUCAGUCCAGUCUGAGGUGGUCCUAAAUGUUCAAACUUUGCCAGUUAUUGCUGCUCAGCCAGAAGUGAAGGAAGUCACUGAGGGAUCAACAGCAGUCUUUCCCUGCUUAGCUUCAGGGUACCCAAUUCCAGAUAUUAAAUGGACAAAGCUGGAAGGGGAGCUCCCAUCAAACGCUUCUGUGGAAGGCAACGUGUUGACAAUCCCCUUUGUUACCUCAGUGCACACUGGGACUUAUGUAUGCACAGCCUCAAACAACCAAGGCAAGGUCCAGGCAUUCUCCAUGCUUAAAGUGCGAGAACGUGUGGUGCCUUAUUUCACCCAGACUCCUCUUUCCUACCUCACUCUGCCAACCAUUAAGAAUGCAUAUAAAACCUUUCACAUCAAAAUAACUUUCCGACCAGACACUCCUGAUGGUCUUAUGCUAUAUGCUGGAAUGAUCAUCUAUAAUGGACAGAAGAAGAGCACUGGUGCAGACUUCAUCUCAUUUGGACUAGUAGGCGGACGCCCUGAGUUCAGGUUUGAUGUUGGGUCGGGCAUGGCUACGAUUCGUUACCCAUCUCCUAUUAAGCUGGGCGAGUUUCACACUGUGGUUCUGUAUCGCAAUCAGACUCAAGGCUCAAUUGUAGUUGAUGGACAGAAUCCAGUCAAAGGAAGUUCUCAGGGUAAAUUCCAAGGUCUGGAUCUCAAUGAACAGCUUUAUGUUGGUGGUUAUCCUGAUUAUAAAGCCAUUUCCAAAACCACUGGACUCACCAGUGGCUUUGUGGGUUGUAUCCGGCAGCUUAUAAUUCAAGACGAUGAGGUCAUUUUUAAAGACCUGGAUCGGAGUUCUACUGGUAUUUCUAAUUGCCCCACCUGCAGAGAUCAACCAUGUCAGAAUGGUGGCCUCUGUAGAGAUUCUGAAGCAAGUAGUUAUGUCUGUGAUUGUCCUCGAAGGUUUACUGGAAGCAACUGUGAGCAUUACUCUGCACUGCACUGCCACCCAGAGGCUUGUGGACCAGAUGCAACUUGUAUCAACAGGCCAAGUGGAGAUGGCUAUGACUGCAGAUGUCAUCUUGGAAAAUCUGGAGACAAAUGCACUGAAGGCACUUUAGUGACUACACCUUCUUUCAAUGGAGAGACCUCCUUUAUCACUUACCCUCCCUUGACUAACAUCCAUUAUGACCUGCGCAUUGACUUGGAGUUCAAGCCAAUCUUUCCUGAUGGGCUUUUAUUCUUCAGUGGAGGCAAAAAGGCGAAGGUGGAGGAUUUUGUUUCUAUUGCUAUCAUAGAUCGAUAUGUUGAGUUUCGAUAUGAACUGGGAACAGGCAUGGCAGUACUACGCAGUGCUGGGCCCUUAGUUCUAGGCAGAUGGCACAGGAUUACUGCAGAACGAAAUAAUCAGCAUGGCACGCUUAAAAUAAAUGAUGAAAAGGUGAUCAGCAAGUCCUCUCCUGGGAAGGCACAGGGACUCAAUAUCCACACCCCUAUGUAUCUGGGAGGAGUCCCCAACUUGAACAUUAUACCUAAACCAGCCAACAUCUCUGAACUCUUUGAAGGAUGCAUUGGAGAGGUUUCAAUCAAUGGCAAGAAGGUGGAUAUCUCCUAUAGCUUCACUCGCAGUGAGGAUAUCUCGCAGUGCACUGAUGACAGCCCCUGUGACAGGAUGCCCUGCCUUAACAAGGGGACAUGUUUCCUGACAGGAGAAUACGAGUACCAGUGUAUCUGCAAGGAGGGGUAUGAAGGUGACCGUUGUGAGAUCAUUGUGGAUAUGUGCCUGGCAGAAAAUCCUUGCAUGAAUGGUGCCGUGUGUACCAAAAAGCAAUGCGUUUGUCCCAUGGGAUUUACAGGCCAAUUUUGUGAGAAAGAAUCACCUAUUCAAUAUUCUGCAUACUUCUCUGAUGACGGCUAUAUGACUUUACCAAAGCCUGUGUUUCCCAGAAGUUCCCCAGAAGCUCCUGAAACUAUUGAACUGGAAAUCCACACAACGUCACCUGAUGGGGUGCUACUUUGGCAAGGAGUGGAAUUAGGUGAAAAUGGAAAAGGUCAAGAUUUUAUUAGCCUCGGGCUUGAAAAUGGACAUGUUGUUUUCAGUUAUCAGCUGGGAAGUGGUGAAGCCAAAAUCAUAUCAGAAGAUCCUAUUAAUGAUGGUGACUGGCACAAGGUUACUGCAGUAAGGGCUGGAAGGCAUGGGUAUAUCCAGGUGGAUGGAGAUGAUGUGGUGACAGGGGAGUCUGGAGGAGCUAAGGUCAUGGUCAACACCAAAGGGAGUAUAUAUUUAGGGGGCACGCCAGACAUUGAAAUACUAACUGGUGGGAAAUUCCAGUCUGGAAUCACAGGAUGUAUCAAGAACCUUGUCCUUAUGAACGCCCAGCCAGGAGAGGCACCCCAUCAACCCAUUGAUUUGCAAGUUCACGCCGAAGAUGGGGUCAAUGUUAAGGAGUGUCCUUCUUAGGCUCUCCUGUGUUUACAAGGACAAAGACAAAGACUUUGGAGGGAAAAAACAUACAAAAAGGAAAAAAGAAAUGGUGCUUUGCUGCUACCAAAAAAAAAGAAAAAACAACAAAAGGAUUGUCUUGUGUUCUGUAUUGAAAAGCAAAAACAAAAAAAGAAGUCUUUUUAAAUCGUUCCCCCUUAUUGCAUUGAAUGAAGGACUGUAACAAACAGUAAGAUUCAGGUCAGUCACCACUUUGCCCAACAAUCAGCACAACAGAGCAUCCUUAUCGGCCCCUAGUCAAGGAAGAGCCUAUGGAGUUUACCGUUUUUGUACAGCACUGAAUUGUUUCUUACGGGAUAUAAACACAGCCCUGACCCAGUUUGGUAGUUUUGUUUUCUACAAUCCAGGUUCUGAUACUGUGUUUUUAUGUCUUUGUGGCUGAGUUGUGUUAAUACUUGAAGAUUUAUUUUUUGCCCUUGUCUUUCAUUUAACUUUUUACCCCUUAUGGUGCCCUCCGUGCCAUGAGGUGGGCAUGCUCUGGACCCUCUCGCAAGAAAGGAUAUAUUUCCUUGUAGCUCUGUGUUUGCCUUUUUGACGGAUACAAUUUCUGGGGUUUAUUUCAGUGAAAUCUCUAAUAUUAAAGGCAUCUUUCUCAACCCGUGGGGUUACUAGUGAGAUCUGGACAUUUUAUUUUAUUCCCAGAAGGGGAUUUUUAGACUGAUAGGAAAGUUUGGAAUAGAAUUCUGCAGAGAGGGUGAUGGUUCCCUUACCUUCCCUGCAGAAUUACUUUGAGACACAGUUUACUUAAAUCACGCGUCCUAUGACAGCGACAGCAAACAGAGCAACACAUAAACCGGCCGGAUUCUAACACUGACAAUGACUGUGCCAGAAUUUGAAGGAAUGUUCAAGUUAAAUUCCCUUCCUCCCCUU